AUGGGCGGCGGAAGCUUAAGCUUUGCCGAGAGGCAUGGCCCUUUCCCGAGCGACGCGCACUACAUCAUGGUCAUCGGCGCAAGCGGGGCCGGCAAGUCGACGUUCAUCAACACCGUCGUCAACUUCUUCCGCGGGGGAUCCCUGGACCCGUUUGGCCGGAACCUCAGAGUGGCGAUCCCAAACCGGUACUUUCGGGCGACGGAGGCGGAGGGCAAGUACGCGAAAGAGAUGCAUCUGUCUAACGUGAAGGUCGCCAAAACGGACGAGUGUACCCCGUACCAUUUCAAGUACCAGGGCCAGAGGGUCACGCUUGUCGACACCCCCGGUCUGGCUGACAUCAGGGGCAUGGAGCAGGACGACUUGAACCUCAACAAGAUCUUCGAAGCCGCGGAGAGUCUGCCGCACCUGAACGCCCUCAUCAUCGUCGCCAACGGGUCCAACCAGCGGCUGGACGCGACCAUGAAGAACGUCUUUGCGCGCUUCCGCGGCAGCAUUCCUGACGUCACCCUCAACAGCGUGCUGGUGGUGCUGACGAACUGCGACCGGCUCGCCAAGAACUUCGACAUCGAGACGCUGAACGAGGACCUGCCGGGGGUCACCGUGACGGCGGGCACGUGGUACUGCAUGCAGAACUCGGCCUUCAGCUCGCACCCCGACACGUGGGCGCAGCCGGAGAACGCGCCGGCGUUUGCGCUUCUCCAGGCGGCAUGGCAGAUUUCGAUGGAUAUGCUCGAGACCAUCAUGCAAAAGAUCCUGAAGAUGGCGUCCGAGAGCACCGGCGCCUUCAAAGAGCUGCGCGAGAAACGGAAUGAGAUCAAGGCCAAGAUGGCCAGCGCGCUUACCGAGUUCCGAAACAUGCAGAUGCUGGAAGACAAGCUCGAGCGCAGCCAGUACGACCUAGAGGGCGCGGUCGCCUCGCGCGACAACUACAAGGACUUCGCGCGGACCGAGACCGUCGAGGAGGUCGAGCAAAUCCCCUGCGGCUACCACAACACGCUCUGCUCCACGUGUCAGCAAGUCUGCCACGAAAAGUGCGGCCUCGAGUUUAUUUCCGAGGCGGGGGGGGAGGCCUUCAACAGCUGCGCCUGCAUGGGGGGCGGGUCGGCGUGCAUGAUGUGCCCCGGGGCGUGCGGCGCCGCGUCGCACUACCACGGCCUGUUCACGAUCCAGAAGGUCCGGUCAGCAGACUUCGUUAGUUCGCUAGUCUUUAAAAGUACGUCAUCAAAUGACAUCAGCGGUACGUUCCCUUUGAGUGGUGCGGUGCUAGACCGCAAGGUGCACAAGACGAUCGAGAAGGUCAUGGAGGAAAUCAAGAAGAAGUUCGACGCGGCCAACGCACAGCUGGAGGGGGCCAAGACGGAGAUCGGAAGCGCGAAGUCGGACCUGGAUCUGCUGCGCGCGGCACAGGCGGCCAAGCUGGAGGAGAUCAAGCAGCUGUGCCGGGACGUCCAGGCAAGCUCAGAGCCACCAAAUGACUGUGGGAAUGGCAGAAUGUUGCAAGGAGUCCGCCUAUUUGCCGAUGCCAUUGUGAGCGGCUUCAACUUCGUGGACGAGCUCGCAACGGUGCUCGACAGUCUGCGCAUGGAGAAGCGCCAGCUGCUGACGAUAAAGGCCCGAGAGGACGCAGAGGCGACCAUCCGAGACCUGGAGGCCUUUAUCAACGGCCUGAACACCGCUCAGGGCGGAAACGCGGGCGGCCGCGCGGCCGCGCCGCGCGCGCGUAACCCCGUGUCGCCCCGAGGGGGACCGGCUGGGACCGGUUGGGACCGGUCGGGACCGGCUGAGAGCUUCGGGGCAGUGGAUUAUCAACGGAAUUCCGCUCACGACGCGCCACAAAACGGACCAGGAAAGCGCCCGCCGUCGCCUCUCGACCAGGGGGUGAUGCCGCAGCCGAAGACCUACACGGCGGACGAUCUGAGGGGACCGCAAGGCUACGCGCAAUUCUCGCGAUACGUCGUUCCGGUGCCAAUUCCCACCCUGCAGCAACCCCAGUACUCCCGCCCGGCUACUCCGCCGCCCGGUUAUGCAGCGCCCGACGUGACCGGAAACGGACACGCGUUCCAACCGGGCCAGUUUGCAUACGCCCCGGUACCGAUGGUGCAGGCGAAUGGGCAGGCCCGCCCGCCCACCCCUCCUUAUCAGCUCAGCAACGCCCCCUGGAAUGGUGCUCAGUAUCACAGUCAGCAGGACGCCUGGAACUCUGUCCCUCCGUUGGCCGGCGCAACCAAUCCUGCGCCGCAGUUUUGGCAGGCGUCAGCGUUGAACGCGCCUUAUCUUCAAAAUGGUGCUCCGCAGGCCUUUCCUGCACCACCGGUCUUCUCCGGACAGCCAGGAAAUUUCCCCGUCCCAGUCACGGCACCUAACCAGUACUCCCAGGGAACCUAUGAGAAUACGGGGUCGUUUUCGGCGGUUCCCGGCUCCUCGGCAGUGGGGCAGUCGACGCAUCUGAGCAACUUGAUUAUACAAUCUCGUCACUCUGAAUCACGUUGA